CAGUCUUAGGGCUCUUUCUCUUUCCUGUCCCUUCUCACUCUCUCUCUUUCUCUCUCUUUCUCUUUCUCUUUUCUCUCUCCUCUCUCCUAUCUCUCUCUCUCUCUCUCUCUCUCUCUCUCUCUCCAGGAGGCAAAACCCUAAAGAGCCGUUUACACCCACCCAAUUCAAUAACCAUGGAUGAUGAUGCGUUAAACAUGCGCAAUUGGGGCUACUAUGAGCCGUCCUUUAAAGGUCACCUCAAUCUUCAGCUCAUGUCGAGCAUGGCUGCUGAGCGAGACACGAAGCCCUUCUUGUCAGGGCGUGGGGAUCCCACAGUUCUGGUUACUACCAACGGUGCCUACCAUCCCCGGGAUUCCCUUGUUUCCGAUACGCAAGUCCCUUACAGCAGUUACACAAGGGAAGGUUGGAUGAACCAAAGGGAGAAGUUCUACAGCAUGCUGCCAACUAACCCUACUAACUAUAAUGUCCUCCCUGAGACCUCCUCUGAACACCAGAGCCUGCAGAUGCUUCAGAUGCCUGAGCCCCUGAGGGAUGACAACAAGAUGGGUAAACCCGAAGAGCAACAAGCUGUUAAGAAGGAGAAUGGCCAGACAAAGAAACGUCAGAGUGGGAACGCCCUCAAGACCCCAAAACCCAAAAAGCCCAGGAAACCUAAGGACCCCAGCACGAACCCUUCCUCAGUGCAGCGCUCAAAGCAACCGAAGAAGAGCAUGGAUGUCGUAAUUAACGGAAUCGAUAUGGACAUAUCCGGAAUUCCGAUCCCUGUAUGCUCGUGCACUGGGACUCCCCAGCAGUGCUACCGAUGGGGAUGCGGGGGAUGGCAGUCAGCCUGCUGCACCACUCAGGUCUCGAUGUAUCCUUUGCCAAUGAGCACAAAGCGCAGAGGGGCAAGGAUCGCAGGGAGGAAGAUGAGCCAGGGGGCAUUCAAGAAGGUGUUGGAGAAGCUUGCCGCAGAAGGGUACAAUUUUGCUAACCCAAUCGACCUGAGGACCCACUGGGCGAAGCACGGGACCAACAAGUUCGUGACGAUAAGGUAGGUUUUGAGAGGGAAAAUCAAUUGCCCCCAGAUCUCGCAUCUGGUCUUACUGAUCUUGUAUUUAUUUCCGAGGCCAUUUGCGGGAGAGUUAUCCUGUAGUUGUUUAUGGAUCUUCUGCUGUGAUACAAACUUUAAUUCGUGUUUUACUGUUUAUGAGGCUUAUCGACUAGAUUCUAGGUGAAUCAGUUGUUCAUUUGUUGUAAUUCUUAGUUAAGAAUUGUUCUUUGUUAAACUCUAAUGUGGUCCAGAUAUUAACAAGUCAGCCAUCUUUUUCUUUAUUUCUAUUAAUGUAGUGAGAAGGAAUGAUUAAGUUA